UCAAACUAAAGUAUUGCCCCACUCAACCAGAACCCGAAUUUUCCAAACUUUAACCGCUCCUUUUUAAAAGAUCCGAUUACCAUGGCUCGCACCAAACAAACAGCGCGAAAGUCCACGGGUGGAAAGGCACCGAGAAAACAGCUGGCAACCAAAGCAGCCCGAAAAUCCGCACCGGCAACAGGUGGAGUCAAGAAACCGCACAGGUUCCGACCCGGAACCGUUGCUCUUCGCGAGAUCCGAAAGUAUCAAAAGAGCACAGAGCUCCUCAUCAGAAAACUCCCCUUCCAACGCCUUGUCCGCGAGAUCGCACAAGACUUUAAAACUGAUCUCAGAUUUCAGAGCUCUGCCGUCGCGGCUCUUCAAGAGGCGGCGGAGGCGUACCUCGUCGGACUUUUUGAGGAUACCAAUCUGUGUGCCAUUCAUGCCAAGAGAGUAACUAUUAUGCCAAAGGAUAUUCAGCUAGCGAGAAGGAUCAGAGGCGAGCGUGCUUAAGAGUAGUAAAUUUGUGAUCGUGUUUAUGAUCUCUAUUUAGUGGUUACAUGUUGGCAUUUUCUGAUGUGAAUGGAAAUUUGAAGAUUUCGUUC